UACUAUUGUACCUACUUGGUACUUAUGCGUUAUGAUCGUAUUAUUCGUCAAUCGUAUCUCGUUUUAGCUUCGUACUUGCUUUGUCGAAAAUUAAUCAAUAAGAAACGCAUAGUUUUUGAUUUAUAAUUUGUUAAUUACAAACAUUGUGCGUAUCAUAUUAUUACACAUUUACGUAGUGAAAAUUAUUGAUCUAUUAAAAAAAAAACAUCUUUAGAUCUCAAAAGUUCUUUAGAAUGAAUAAAGAAAACAGCCAAGGGAUGCUGUGCCAUGUUUUGUUUUCGAUCGUCGUAUGUUUUUGUUCGGCUGGAGAGCCAGUGGAGACAACUUAUGAAUACACCUUGCAGCGCGUGUACUGCCCAACGGUCGGUGUAGGUUGGUACCUCAGGUAGAAGGAUGACGAUGUCCUUUUCAGUACGGAUCGCUCGGGAAGAAAAAGGCCAAUGUUCAGACAUCUCGAACACAUGUGCUUGAAGACUAACCUAACCUUAUCCGCUUGUGUCUUUUAGCUAUUACUGUCCCGCUUACACGGAAAUGGAAGAAAAAACAGAAAUUGAGAAAGAGUUCGCUCAUUACGUUUCUGAAUGUUUGAAUCCGUUUGAAGAAAUCGACGCGAAAAAAAUUCUUAAAGAAAGAUGCAUGCAAAACCUGGAAAGCUCUGAACCACUUGAUGGAGAUGAAGAUGUUGCUAUUAAGACUGUUACUAUGGACAUAGCUAAACCAAUUCCUUUGCUAGAGGAUAUAAAUUAUACCAAACCGGAUUCUACGCGCAAUACGGAGAUGCUAUGUGUUAAAGAAUAUUACAGAAUUAGGAGAAACGAAUAUAUUAGACUGCAAUCGUUGUAUUCAUACGAAUUCAGAUAUUUAUUAUGUUCGUAUAAAUUUCGUAAACGGGAAUAUUUAUUAAAUAAAAAGUCUGAUCAUGAUUCGUAUGGACCAAUAAAAAAUUCAAAAUGGAAAAGUAAAGAAGAAUAUGAAAAAUAUCGUGAGCUCAAGCUAUUAAACUACUAUAAUAAAGUUACUACAGGACAAGAGGCGGUGUUAUUUAAAAACGCUAUGGAAAAAAGACAAAAAGCAACUUUAUUAUUGAACAAAAAAAAAAAGUCGCGUUUUUCAUCGCGUUGUAAAUUUUCAGAAAUGGGUGUAAGGUGCACAGAAAAACUUUUAUCUCCUAGUAGAUUCUGCUUCAAACAUAUACUCAGCGAUACCGAACAAUGUUUGUUCAGAGCUUGCAGUGUUGUUCAAAGCAAUAAUAUUUGUCAUGAGCCAAUUGUUAAUUUGGGUUCCAAUUGUACAUGUGUUUUACAUGAAAAAAUUCCGAUGCUCCGAGACUAAUAAUACAUUUAUUUAAAAUCAUUAAGAAAUA